CCAGUCAAGUAUCACCACCACAAUCGUCAGCUCAGCCGUCUCACGGUUAUUCUCACCAUCAUACCAACUCUUCUUCUUAUCCUCCCCAUCCUCCUGUAUAUUCUCCGUACCCCCAGCCUUAUGGACAGUCUCAUUACGGGCAGUCUCAGGAGCCAGUAACGGUUCAUUCUCCACCAUAUGACAUGUCCAUGUCCUCGUCCCCUCCCUUUUCCUCCGAAUAUGCCAUGUCUCUCCCUCGCGCGUUUGGCUGUGACAUGUGCUCCUUAUCGUUCCAUCGACAGCAUGAUUUGAAGCGCCACGAAAAGACCCAUUCUGGUUCGAAACCCUACACCUGUAAUGGUGGCUGCGGGAAAACGUUUACGAGAAAGGACGCGCUGAAGCGUCAU